CGGGUUAGGCCACGCCCCCCAGCUGCUACCUGCUCCACUCCUCGGUAGCACCUGAACUUUCAGAGGGCCAAGAUGAGUCUACCGGACUACAAAUCGACUGGUAAACAAUCUUCAUCUGCGCCAUCGCACUCCUCUGUGGUCCAGCUAAAUGUCGGGGGUCACCUGUUCAGCACCACACUGGGCACGCUCAGAAGACACCCGGACUCCAAGGUGGCGGAGCUGUUGGGCUCCCAGCCCAAAGUCAGCACCGACGCUCAGGGUCGCCUCUUCAUCGACCGCGACGGUUCCCACUUUGGAGCCGUUCUGGAGUUCCUGAGGUCGGAAAAGCUGCCGACGGAAAACAUCCGGGAGGUGUAUGCAGAGGCGGUCCACUACAACAUCAAGCCGCUGAUGAAACGUCUGGAGGAGACGCCUGAGCUGUUUGGGGAACUGGUGGGGAGACAGCAGUUCCUCUCCAGGGUCCCGCACUACAAAGAAAACAUCGAGGUUCUGAUCCGUAUUGCCAGAGCGGAGGCAGUGGCCGCGCGCCGCUCCACCAUCCUCAUCUGCGUCAUGCGGACGGAGGACGACCUGGGUUUCUAUGACAACGCCGUAAACAGCCUGGAGGCCGGAAAGGAGUCUGCGGUGACGUUCGGGCCGUGGAAGGCCGAGCCGUCCGUCAGAGACCUGCUGGACUGCGUGAAGAUGGACAUCGAGAGUCGCGGCUACAACGUUAGCAUCGAGGCGCACGUGCCCGAGCGCAGCUUCCUGUCCAAGAGCUACGACUUCUUCUACAAACUCACCUUCACCUGGUGGUGACGAGGCGCCCGCGGAGCUGUCUGUGGGUUCAAACUGAACGACUGCACUUUAUUACUUAAUUAUAAUGAGCUGCACCUUGUGGUUUUCUUACGGAAUAAUGUUCAAUCGAAAUAAAAUACACCAAUCUAUUUUUAAAGGGAACCUGUUAUGCAAAAUUUACUUAAUUAAUUUUUGUCUCUAAUGCUCCUAAAACCGGCCAAAGUGGUGUUUUUUGGGAAUAAGCUAAUGGUUUUUUUGUGUCUGGAAAAUAAGCCAUUAAAAAAACAAACUCCUGAUUGUUAAAAUUGCAGUAUGUAAUUUAUAAAAUAUAUGAUAUUUGCUAAAACUAUCACCAUAUCUUGACAUGAUAUGAGACAGAUGAUGUGCUAAAAGAUCGAUCUCUUCCAUCUUCUUUCUGAGCUAUUAUUAGCAUCUGAAGAAAUGCACUACUCCCGACCAAAAACAACUAAUCAGAGCCAGGAGGAAAGUCUUAGCGUUGUCAAUCUUACUCAUGAACGUGCUGCUAAAUGUACUAAUGGCGGAGAAACAACUUACUAUUACUGGAAAACUGUUCAUGCUAACUAGCCUUAACAUUCACAACAAGAUCUGCUGCUGGGGAGCUGUACUGUAGCAGAGAACAAGCUGAUUGACAGCGCUAAGACCCACCUCCUGGCUCUGAUUGGUUGUUUCUGGUUAACACUGGGAGAAGGCAGAGAAGCUUGAUUUUUUUUUUUGACAGAUUAUCUUUCUCAUAGUCUUAAGAUAUAGUGACACUUUCAACAGAUAUUUUAAGCUAUAUAUUUUUUAUAAAAGUUACAUAGCAACAGCAUUGCGCUGUUACCUAGCAACCCAAGCUGAAAUCCAGCAUGUUUGGUCAGCUGGUUUAUACCACUGACCAAGACAAUUGUUGUUUUGUCGACUUAAUCAUUCAGGAACGACUUUCUGCAUUCUUGUUGGUUGUGCAGGAGGCCCCACUUCUGCCUUUCAAAGGUGUACGGUUGUAUAAUUGUGCAGCCAUUUUCAUGUGUAAGUGUAAAUGUUGAGUUUAAAAAAGGGCGUGGCUAGAUAAGCAGCUUAUUUGGAUUUAAAGUGAAAAGAGGCCCUAAAACAACUAAAAAUAUUUUUGUGAUGAUGUGAUAAACAUGUUUUGUGUAGGCCAUAGAUUUAUCUUAACCUUUUCAAGGAAGCAUAAUAGGUAACUUUUAAGUUGGGCAAUAUUCGUGCAAAGUGUUUUAUGUCCGUCGCUUUAACGUCAGACCUACAGUCAUCCUCUUCAAAAUAUGUCGCUGACGUCACACAGGUGUUUAUUUCAUCGCUUUGAACAUUUUCACAGCUUUCUGAGGGGAUUUCACUGUCUGCAGGCAAUACUGCGUCAAACCCCUGACACUGGGCAAUCCGCAGCUCACUCACAGAUGAACCGAAAUGUGUGAAGAAACAAAAAGCAAAAGAUGAACUGUAAGCAGAGCAGCUGCCCCGGCGUCGGCCACGUAACAUUUAAAAGCUGCUAAGCCACAUCCUGUCAGGAUGAGGGGGGGCAGAGAUCUGCUGGUGUCCGACAGGGCCUUGAAUGCACCGCCUUUAUUCUAGAACAAGACAGCGUGUCCUGUUAGGUGAAAGGGGAAAUCACAGAGUCUGAAUGUAAUGUUGAUUCAAGCGUUUCAGUGGAGGAAAUAAAUAUAUCCUGGUGUCUCUUC